GGUGCCCUUGGCUGGGCUUAGAUAAGGCUGCGCUCUCUCUUGCUCUUUCCAGCAGCAGCAGAGGAGGAUCCGGGCGGAGUUGCAGCUCUGCAGCUUCCACGAGGGCUUUGCAAAGAGGCUCAGCUGCUUUUCCUUCCUUCCUGCUCCUCCUCUUUCUCUGGGGCCUGGCUGCCUCCUUGCUCCGGCUUCUCCUCCUGCUAUAGCCACCCUGAAGCCUCUACCUCUCUAGGGAAGUCUUUGUUUCUCUUUCUUUCCCUUCCCUUUCUCCUUCUCUCCUUCCCAAAUCUCUCCUCUCUCCCUCCUUUUCCCACCCAGCCCUUUCCCAAACUCCCUUGGAGCUUGAUCCUGGCUUGGGAGGGGAUGCCAAGGCCCAUCAUCCCCAGCCUCUGGAGGAGGAUGAGAGCUUUCCCAGCCUCUUCCCCCUUGCUUUCUAUCCCUUUAUCCCUUUCCCUUCUUCCUUUGCCUGCCUUGAAGCCUCUCCUUCAAAGCAGGUUGCUCUGAAAAGAGACCCCCAAAUCUGAGAGCUUUCCCUAUACUGUACUAGUCUUCCUUGGUUUAUUCCUUUAUCCAUCUUUCUCCUUCCUUCCUUCCUUCCUUCCUUUUCUUUUCAUUCCUUUCCUUUCCAUUCAUGAAGCCUCUCCAAAGUAGGUUGCUCUGAAAAGAGACCCCAAAUCUACCUUGGAUGAGAGCUUUCCCACAAUCUCCCUUGGUUUAUUCCUUUAUCCAUCCUUCUCCCUCUCUUUUCCUUUCCUUUCCUUUCAUGAAGCCUCUCCUUCAAAGCAGUUUCCUCUGAAAAGACCCCAAAUCUGCCUUGGAUGAGAGCUUUCCCUUGGUUUAUCUCUCUUUUUCCAUCUUUUCCCUUUCCCUUCUUUCCUUCCCUGCCAUGAAGCCUCUCCUUUCAAGCAGGAUUCUCUGAAAAGAGACCCCAAAUCUGACAACUGAUUCCUCCUCCUUUUUUGUGGGGUGGCACCAAAGAAGAAGAAGAAGCCAAAAAAUGCAGGGUCGAUUUCUUGGGGUGCCUGGCACUUUCCAGGCACUGCCCAUCCUUUUUGGCAUGGGUGCCCUCCUAGGACUGGUGCCGGUGCUUCAUAGCCAUGGCUUGCAGCCCAACCCUAUGAUGGUCACUUUGCCACCGCACUCUUCCAAGGCCCUGAUAGCAGCCAUGGAGAGCAUCACCACCGCGCCACCUGUGCCCCCAGAUAGCCAGCCUGGAGCCACACGUCUCCAAAACACAUCUACAGCCGGACAUGGCAAACACCGGAAGCCUUUUCCUGUCGUGGGCAUUGAGUACGGUCAUGUGCGAGUGCCCUUUGAGAUUGCCCUCUGGAUCCUGUUGGCGUGCCUCAUGAAACUGGGGUUCCAUGUGAUUCCGACCAUUUCCACUAUAGUUCCCGAGAGCUGCUUACUCAUUGUCGUAGGACUGCUAGUUGGGGGGCUUAUCAAGGCCGUGGGAGAGGAUCCCCCAAUCCUAAAUUCGGACGUCUUCUUCCUCUUCCUUCUCCCACCCAUCAUCUUGGACGCUGGCUAUUUCUUGCCCUUGCGCCAGUUCACAGAGAAUCUGGGCACCAUCUUGAUAUUUGCCGUGGUUGGCACCUUGUGGAAUGCUUUCUUUGUGGGCUCACUGCUGUAUGGAGUUUGCCAGAUUGAAGGCACUGGUUUAACAGACAUUGGCCUCUUGGCCAACCUAAUUUUUGGCAGCAUUAUCUCUGCGGUGGAUCCGGUUGCUGUGCUAGCUGUGUUUGAGGAGAUCCACAUCAAUGAGCUUUUGCACAUCUUGGUGUUUGGAGAGUCUUUGCUGAAUGAUGCGGUCACUGUGGUUCUCUACCAUCUUUUUGAGGAGUUCGCCACAUUUGACCGAAUCACCGUUACCGACAUCAUCCUUGGUUUUCUGAGCUUCUUUGUGGUGUCCCUGGGCGGCGUCUUUGUUGGAGUUGUCUAUGGCGUCAUUGGCGCCUUCACCUCCCGCUUCACUUCCCACAUCCGCGUCAUCGAACCCCUCUUCGUCUUUCUUUACAGCUACAUGGCUUACCUGUCGGCGGAACUUUUCCACCUUUCAGGCAUCAUGUCGCUCAUUGCUGCCGGGGUGGUGAUGCGCCCUUACGUGGAGGCCAACAUCUCCCAUAAAUCCCACACUACUAUCAAAUAUUUCCUGAAGAUGUGGAGCAGUGUCAGUGAGACUCUCAUCUUUAUUUUCCUUGGUGUCUCCACCGUAGCUGGGAAGCAUCACUGGAAUUGGACUUUUGUCAUUGGCACCCUGAUUUUUUGCUUGAUUGCCCGGGUUUUAGGUGUCUUGGGGCUUACUUGGUUUAUCAACAAAUUCCGCAUUGUGAAGCUGACCCCGAAGGACCAGUUCAUUAUUGCUUAUGGUGGCUUGAGAGGGGCCAUCGCCUUUUCCCUGGGUUACCUCCUUGACUACAAGCAUUUCCAUAUGAGAGAGAUGUUCCUCACGGCCAUCAUCACCGUCAUCUUCUUCACAGUCUUUGUGCAGGGCAUGACCAUCCGUCCUUUGGUGGACCUUCUUGCGGUGAAAAAAAAGCAAGAGACCAAGCGGUCCAUCAAUGAGGAAAUCCACACGCAGUUCUUGGAUCAUCUUUUGACGGGGAUUGAAGAUAUAUGUGGCCACUACGGUCACCAUCACUGGAAAGACAAGUUGAACCGCUUCAACAAGAAGUACGUGAAGAAGUGCCUCAUUGCCGGGGAAAGAUCCAAAGAGCCCCAACUAAUUGCCUUUUAUCACAAGAUGGAGAUGAAACAAGCCAUUGAGCUGGUGGAAAGCGGAGGAAUGGGCAAGAUCCCCUCUGCCGUCUCCACAGUCUCCAUGCAGAAUAUCAACCCAAAAACCUUGCCGGUGGAACGCAUCCUGCCAGCUCUCUCAAAGGACAAGGAGGAAGAGAUUAGGAAGAUUUUGCGUACCAACUUGCAAAAAACCAGACAGAGGCUACGAUCAUAUAAUCGGCACACCUUGGUGGCAGAUCCUUAUGAAGAAGCCUGGAACCAGAUGUUGCUAAGGAGGCAGAAGGCUCGGCAGCUGGAACAGAAGAUCAACAACUAUCUGACAGUGCCAGCACACAAAAUUGACUCGCCGACCAUGUCAAGGGCGCGCAUUGGCUCAGACCCUCUAGCAUAUGAUCCCAAGCCAGAUUCGGAGAAUCUCCCCAUCAUAACCAUCGACCCUGCCUCCCCACAGUCUCCGGAGUCUGUUGACCUGGUGAACGAGGCACUGAAGGGGAUGAGCCGCCUCCCGCCGUCCCCAGAAGAGGACGAGGAUGAGCAAGGGCUAGUGAUGAGAGCCAAAGAGCCUUCCUCUCCGGGUACGGAUGAUGUCUUCACCCCUGGAGCUGGCGACAGCCCUAGCAACCAACGGAUCAUGCGAUGCCUGAGUGACCCUGGGCCUCGGCCGGACCCCGAGGAGGGGGAGCCCUUUAUCCCCAAAGGGCAGUGAGCCCUAAAAUGCACUACUUAGACCCGACUUGUAAGGGGGAGUUUCCUGCACGUGCACACAAACACAGACAACUCUCUCAUACAUAUCGAUCACGGACGCUCUCCUUUUCUUUUGCUUUUUCCUUCCUCUAUCUCUCCUUCUCCCCUUCAGUCACUCUCUAUCUGCUUCUGUUUUUUUCUUCUUCUUUUUACUUUGGAAACUUUGUUAGACUGUGAGAGCUUGUCCCCAAGUGGAACAUAUCUCAUUCCAGCUGGGCAGCUUUGUGAAGCAAGCGACAGCUCUAGAAGUCGUCCCAAUCGCCUUGUCCUGGAAAAAAAGAAAAGCUUGUUUCGUCCCAUUGAAAUAAUGUCUUGGCCAGGAUAAGGGUGUGUUUUCCGCUGCUCUUGCCUCCUUCCACAGUAGCAAGAGACCUUCUUUUAUUUGGAUGUGUGAAACCUCUUCUCCAUUUGCACUUCAGAGAGCCAGUUUUGGUGGUGGUUCGUUGGUUGUUGCUGUUUCACACACACACACACACCCUUCCAAAACACACCGAAAAAGGUGAAGAAACGUUUCAUUUUGCAUCAGGAAUUAGCAAAAACUUGCAUUGGCCCAGUCCCUCUUCUGUUUUCCUGUGGAUUGAUUGUCACAGGAGAGAUAUAUCUGAAGAAAAUCAUGAAACUAGAAUUUCAUGGGAUUUUGAGUUUGUCUUUAACGUAAUACUUGUAAUACCUGUACGUUAGCUUGUCACCUGCAGGAAUUAACACUAAGAGACCUCCCAGCUCCUCCCGUAAAAUAGUUUAUGGACUCUCUGUGUUAUUGGGGCUUCAAGCCCAGUUGAUAGCUGUGGUUGCUGUUUUCUAAAUCGCACUUCCAGCUUAUAGGGAGUUCUGCACUGCGACAUCUCACCCUCAUUUGAAAUGCCACACUGUCCAACACAGUUUUCUGAACUGGGCGACGGUUGGAGCUCUGUUUGGAAAAGCGACUGUUUUGGAUGACAGUUCCCACAAUCUUUCAAGCCACAUGGCCAAUGGCAUCCACAAAAAGUAACUUUUCUACGCUCUGGGUUGGGAAACAGCUGGCAUUCCAAGCUUUAGAGUUUGGAGAUUUCUUUUUUUAAAAGAAAAGCUUUUCAUAAAGCCAUAAGUUAUUCUAGCCUUUUGAACUUCCAAACCUAAGGUCUCUUGGUGCGUUUAUGUCUGCUGUUUCUUGUUCCUGUGCUUCUAAUUAAUGAAAUGAAAAUGAGCAGUUUGCUAGAUUCUAGGAUGGAUCCGUAGAUGUCUUGCAGCCCUAAUGGUUGAUCUUAUUCCAGAUAUAGUGGUUAUCUGGGUAGCAUUGGCCUGAGAGGAAGCAUGGCUCUCAUAUACAAGUCAGCGGCCCAUAUCUAAAUCAGUAGAUCAUAUGUUCUCUCUGCUGAUCACUCCACACAAUCCCCUUUCCUGGAGUUAUUCACUCUUUCUCCUUAUGAUUUAAAUAACCUUUUAAAAGAAGCACUCAGUGAACAUUUUGUUGACCAAAGAUGAAUACAUGGUUGUACAUACAGAAUUGCUGCUUCAUUUUUUUUUAUAAUUUUUAAAAAAGGCAGGGAAUCUUUCUCUUAAAAGAUGGUAAAUGUUUCCACAAAAGGGCAAUGGGGUGUUAAUAAAGAAGCUCACUGUCCCUGCUCUCAGGGCACAUCUACUGUGUUUCUUUCUAGCCAAAAGUUUUUAUUUUUCCCCCCUCUUUUCUUUUAGGCUUAUACUCUGAGAGCAUCACAUUUAUUCGGUAGUUGGGUUGCGGCUUAGCCUUUUGAGCAAUACCUGGUCCAAAGACGAUGUUAUUCUAGCCAGUUGCCUCUUCUUUAUGACGUAUGGAGCCAGCAUGGGCAGUGGGGGAUUCUGGGAAUUCUGACCCAAAAGGUAGCUUCCCCAAGGUCUGCACCUGUCCCAAAAAGAGCAUCUUUGUAACUGGUUUCUGACACAUUGUUCUCUUACAAACCUUUUGCAACUCCACUUCUUGCCUGCCUAACACCUUCUGACUUUUCACUCCAUCCUUUGCCCUUCAUAGCACCCGCCACAAUGGGCAUUACCUUUCUGUAGAAAAGGACUGUGCAAGCUUUGGAUCCUCAGGUAUUUUGUCUUGCCAUCCCUGUGAACCCCACCUAACAUCCUCCGUACUGUAGAAGGUGCUAGACUUCCUCAUACCUUUUCCAACCUAGCUUUUCCUUCUUCCUCAUCUCUCCUUCCACCACUGUCUUAGGUUUCUGAGAAUCCCAGACUCUCAUUACCUUGGGAUGUUGAACUCUAUCUCAGUUCUUGCCCAUCAGAUUUAUAUAUUAAGGUGUGCCAUCAAUUAGUCUAUAACCAGAAUAAAAUCCACCUUUAGAAGUAAUGGCAGGGGUCAUCUGGGAGUUGUAGAUGAUUUGAUCCCCAGUGGAUUGGAGUGUAGGUUGUGGCCAGAACUUAGAAAAGUUCCUUUUUUAGACGACGCAAUUCCAGCUACCCUGGCUUGAGGAUUCUGGGAGUUGCUAUUGUCCAGCAAACAUAAUAUUUCCAAGCUCUAGAGGUGGGUCACAAAGGCCAAAUGUCACUUUCAGAGUAUAAACAGAUAACUUGAGCUUUAUUCAGGGCAGUGGUUACCAAACUUUGACCUUCCAGGUAUUUUUGGAUUUCAGCUCCCAGAAGCCACAAUCAGUUUGGCCAAGAGUCAGGAAUUCUGGGAGUUGAAGUUCAAAACAUCUGGAAGACUAAAGUUUAGGAACCACUGAUUUAAAUAUCAGCAUUGUGUUUUUAAUUAAUAUAUAAAGGGCAGCAUGAAGACCAGCGAACUGACUCUAUUUCCCCCAGGUUAGGGUUCCAAGCUAGCUUUUGCCAUGUGCCAUGCUAAUUUUCUGUUUGCAAAUUCUUAUUUAUGGGAAAGCAUUCAGUCAUGCCUCUUACCCUGGCAUGAUCUGCAAAUAGUUUAACCAUACCAUGCGCCACUUGGCCCUUAGCCAAAGAUGUCUUUAUUUUGCAGGAAUUCCCUUUUGCUUCCAUGCACCUGAAGAGGGAGAAGCGUGGAAUAGGGAGAAAAGCCUGAUCCAAUGAGGUGGUUUUCUGGGACACAAACCACCUCUUUAGGGCAAAGGUAGAGAACCUUACAAUACAGUUCUCAUAAUUCUUUACAAUUGGCUUUGCACUCCCCUGUAAUCCCCCAAAAGAGAAUUACCACUUGCAGAAUUCUUCUUUAAAACAUGUUCUGCUGUGUUCUUUCAUGUCUCCCCAAAGUUUCUUCCUCCCGUGAAGCUAGGAGUAGACAUCCAGCCAUUUUCUGUUCUGAGGAGGAUAGAGUUACUUAUGUUGGGUCAUGGAGGUGGAAUCAUGACUCCUGGAUCUCCAAAGUUAGCCCACCCCAGCUUCACAGAGUGCAACAUGUUGGCUUUUCCAAAUGAAGUAGGACCCUAUUUCUGUCCUACCUCAAAAUUCUGAUCUCUCAGUCGGAUUCCAAAGUCAGCUAAUCAUAUUUAUUUUUUUAACAUCUGAAUUUUUUUUAAGGACGCGUGUACAUUGUGUGCAUGGGCCUGGAAAGUAAGGUAGAGUGAUGGGGGGGGGGUGCGUAUAUUCGUCAGUUUUGCACUUUAGAGUCCAACUCUGGAUAUUCUUGAUAUUCUUCAAGACUUCUUUCCAAGGAGUGUGCCCUCUUUGAGAGCCAAGCUGGGGCCUGCUGACCCUUGCCCAGCUAGAUCUUUGGCUUUGCCCUCCCGCCCUGCCCUUAAAAAAGGGAGGCAUUCCUUUCUCCCUUCCCUUGCGCUGUGCCUUUUUAGCCAUACAGUGUCUGCCUGCGCAAAAUGGUGUUGUGAAGUUGCCGCUCUCUUUGUCCAGCGAUCCGGGGCUUGCUCUCUUGUUCUUCAGCCCGGAGGGCUAAGCCUUGGCCCGUUCAUCGCUCUGUGUGCGCUUGUCUGUCCUGCCAUCUGAACAGAGACCUACCCACCUUUUCCUCCAGCACACUUGUCCCCACCGGCAUUGGGGAGGUUCUGCAAGCGGCACAGGUAAGAGAGGGGCUGAGCGGCGGAAAGGGGGCUCCAUCUGGCUUGCCCCCUUCCCUCUCCAUGACUCUGCGCACUCUCUACCUUUUUGUGAGCUUUCCGGUGCUCACUGCUUCAGGCUGAGUAGAGGCCAGUAGCCUGUAUGUGCGUUCAUGUACAAACGCUCUUGUCUCUGGCGGGGAGCCGUUAAAGCAAUGAAAACUGUUGUAUAAAAAAAAUGUGUAAAGAGAGUCUUUUUACAUAAAUAUUCUAAUAAAUGAAUGUUUAAAUUUUUAA